AUGAUAGGUCUCCGCUCCGUAUGGCGCCGGCUGUUGUCUGCUGCUGCCAACGAUGCCCUCUCGCUCGAGAUCCCCACGGUGAACCUUGUCCUGGAGAAGCUCGCUCCCGCUGAUGGCGGCAAUCCCAACCAUUCGCCGAUUGUCAUUUUGCACGGGUUGUUUGGGUCCAAGCUGAACAACAGAACGGUGGGCAAGCAACUCGCCAACCGGUUGUCCCGCAACGUCUACACGCUUGAUCUCCGUAACUUUGGUCAACUGCCCCACGACCCCAGGCUCGAUAUCCCCAGUUUGGCCGCCGAUGUUGAACACUGGUGUAACACGGAAUUGACCGAGGAACCAGGCAAACCGAUCUUGCUUGGUCACCUGAUGGGGGCCAAGACGGUGAUGGCGAUUGCCUUGAGACGUCCCCAAUUGCCGAAGAUGGUUAUUAGUGUUGACAGUGCUCCCGUGAACUUUGCCAACCUGGGGUCGAGUUUUAGCCGCUAUAUCAACCAGCUCCGGUUGGCAACAGAAAAAUACAAGUACACCGAUAUCAAGGAUGUCGACGCUAAGCUUGCCGAAGUGGAGCCGAAUAAGGUGAUUCGUCAGUUCUUGUUGAUGAACAUGAACCGGGGCAAAAAAGAUGAUCCCGUGACGCUGAAGAUUCCCUUGGACAUUAUCGGCAAUGCCGUCACCAAGGGGCUUGUGUCACAGUGGCCUUACGAUUUUAGACAACUGCGGUGGACUGGUCCCACCCUCAUCGUUCGCGGUACUCAAUCCGAGUACGUCCCCGACGAAGUGAUUGCUGAUAUCGGUCAAUUUUUCCCCAACUUCGAGAUUAGAGACAUUGACGCCGGCCACUGGGUCAUCAGUGAACAGCCGCAACAGUUCGAGGACGUCGUGUGUGAGUUCAUCGAGCGUCACGAAGACGAGGAGGAAUAG